AUGGCUUUGCCUAUAGCAAGUAUGCCGCCGACGCUACAAAUCCUCGCCACUUCAGGCGCUGGCGCCCUAGCCCUCACCAGAUAUGCUCCCCAAGCAGUGUUCGGCUUCACUUCGACAUUUCUCGCCUUCUUUUUCCUGCAAUACCUUACACUUCAAGCAUGGAAGAUAAUAUUGUACCCUCGCUUCUUCAGUCCGCUGCGACAUCUACCAACGCCACCCAACAACAAGUUCUUCACUGGUCAGACAGGCCGCAUUAUGAAGGAAGCCUCUGGCGCACCGAUGCGUGAAUGGGUGGAGAAGGUUCCGAACGAUGGUCUGAUCAAGUAUAGCGUCUGGUUCCAAGAACGAGUGCUGGUAACCAAUCCCGCGGCCUUGGGCGAAGUACUCGUGACGAAGAACUACGAGUUCGUCAAACCUAGCCAUUUCCGCAAUGGUCUUGGGCGCAUUCUCGGUAUCGGCAUCUUGCUUGCCGAAGGCGACGAGCACAAGCGCCAACGCAAAAACCUGAUGCCUGCGUUCGCCUACCGACACAUCAAAGACCUAUACCCAGUGUUCUGGGGCAAAUCACGAGAGAUGGUCGACUGUGUCGCCAAAGACGCCAAGUCCGGCAAGAUGUCGAAACAAGCCGGCGACACCCUUCCAGAUCCAGAGAAGGCCGAGCAAGGUGAGGACUACCACAAACCCGGUGUCAUCGACGUGAACAACUGGACCUCUCGCGCUACGCUCGACAUCAUUGGCGUCUCGGGUGUCGGGCAAGACUUUAAUGCGCUUCAAGAUCCCGAGAACAAGUUGAACAAGACAUAUCGCGAUGUCUUCAAUCCUGGUCGAACGGGUCGUAUGCUUCAACUCAUGGGGAUCUUCCUUCCCUUCUGGUUCCUCUCACGCCUGCCAGUCAAACGGAACGAGGAGGUCAUGGAGGCAAAUAGAUAUAUCAAGCAAAUCUGCCGAGAUCUUAUUGCACAGAAGCGUCGCCUUAUGCAGGAGAAGGAGCGAACAGAUGUCGACAUCGUCUCGGUCGCGCUCGAAAGUGGUGGUUUCAGCGACGAAGACUUGGUCAACCAGAUGAUGACUUUCCUGGUAGCCGGGCACGAAACCACGGCUACAGCAAUGAUUUGGGCCCUUUAUCUAAUGUGCAAACACCCCUCAAUCCAACAAAAGCUACGAGACGAGAUCCGCGCCAAGCUCCCUCCUCUUGAUGGCGAAGACGCAACAGCAGCACAGGUAGACGACUGCCCCUAUCUCCACGCCGUCUGCACCGAAGUCCUCCGUCUCUGGGCUCCAGUCUCCAUGACGAUGCGCUCUGCAGACUGCGACACAAGUAUCGGCAACCAAUUCAUACCGAAAGGCACGACGGUGAUCCUCGCUCCCUGGGCCAUCAACACAAGCACUCACCUCUGGGGCGACGAUGCAUUGGAGUUCAAGCCCGAGCGCUGGCUCGAUGCUGAUGGGAAGGCGAACAACAAGGGUUCCGCCGCCUCGAACUUCAGCUUCCUGACCUUCUUGCACGGACCUCGCUCGUGCAUUGGGCAGAAGUUCGCCAUGGCGGAGUUCGAGUGUUUACUUGCCGCUUGGAUUGGACGGUUUGAGACGAAGUUUGAGGCUGGUAGUGCUAUCUCGAAGGGAGACUUUGAGAUCAAGGGCGGCAUCACCGCUAAGCCUAAGGGUGGGCUCUUUGUUGAGGUUGAGGAGGUGCCGGGUUGGUAG